AUGUUCAAGAACGCUUGCAGAACCAAAGCCAAACCCGGCGAUUCAGGACCUCAUCAAGCGAUUGCUCAGAGUUGGGCUCGCCAAUGGACGAAUGACUACCACUGUUCGUUAAGAGGAGCUCGUGGAAAUCCGUCACUCAUCGAGAUCGACCCGCCGGUGGUCAUCGUUGGCGACAUUCACGGACAGUACGCCGAUCUGCUUCGCAUCUUCAAUGCCUGUGGCUUCCCGCCCGACAAGAAUUACAUGUUUUUGGGGGACUAUGUUGAUCGCGGCAGCAAGAAUCUCGAGACUAUUUCACUUCUUCUCUCAUACAAAAUCAUCUACCCUGAGCAUUUCUUCCUCCUCCGUGGGAAUCACGAGUGCCAAAACGUGAAUCAAGUCUAUGGGUUCCUCGAAGAGUGCAAUCGUCGAUAUCACAGUCAAAGGUUGUGGCAAACGUUCCAGGAUGUUUUUAACAUGAUUCCAAUUGUGGGAGUUGUCGGUGGACGAGUGUUGUGCAUGCAUGGUGGACUUUCCGCGCAUAUCGAGAGUUUCGACACAUUGAGGGGUCUCCGCCGUCCAAUCAUGCCCAAUCCUCCUUGCAUCGAAAUCGAUUUGUUGUGGGCGGACCCGGAAAAGGGAAUCUCUGGCUUCAGGCCCAACACCCGUGGAGUUUCGGUCGUGUUCGGCGAAGAUGUGGUCCAUGAAUUUUGCAAGAAGCUUGACAUCGAUCUGAUUGCUCGAGCUCAUCAAGUUGUUGCCGAUGGAUACGAAUUCUUCGCCGAUCGAAAAUUGGUCACCAUUUUUUCGGCUCCACAGUACUGCGGCCAAUUCGACAAUAAUGCGGCCACGAUGACAAUUGCCGACAAUUUGCAGUGCUCUUUCAAUGUCUUCAAACCGACUGCCAAAGCUAUACGCCUCGAAAUAGCAAAGAUCAAAGAACUUCAGUUGGAGACUUCGAAUGCGCAAUGGCCGGUGAAGGAUCAGACACCAAUGGGGCCUUGUGAUGGUUCGACGGGGAAAGAU